AUGGUGGCGUGUAAACUUGGACGAUUUUAUGUAAAUGAAAAGCAGAUGUUGGAUGUGAACUAUGUGCUGAAGAAUGGCGACUCUAUACAUCAUUGGGGUCAUCGUCAUGAACAUCCAGUUCUGUUGCAUCGGUUGGACCGGGCCACUUCUGGUGUGCUGAUGUUUGCAAAGAAUUAUGAGACUGACAGUGAGUUCAAGAAGACGUUGAAGGAGGGCGACUGGUCAAAGGAGUACGUCUGCAUGGUGGAGGGCGAAUUUCCUGAUGAAGAGAUUGAGUGCAAUGAGCCAAUCGAUGUGCUGGUCAUCAGUAUGGGCAUUCAAUGCGUUCGACCUGACGGCAAGGUAGCUCACAGUCGCUUCAAAAAGCUGUGGUCUGACGGAAAGCAUUCCGUACUUUCCGUUAGUAUAACAACUGGUCGCCCCCACCAAUUCGUGUACAUGCCCAAUUUUUGGAACAACCUCUUUAUAGGUUAUCCGAUCGUGGGUGACCGAAUUUACAACUCCACUGUGUGGGGCGAUUCUAAAGGAAAGGGCGCAAAAUAUGGGAAAUCCUACGAUGAGUUAUGUGCUGAUGUACAUGCCGCCCACCGCUCCUCCAACUGGCACGAAACCGUUGCUCCGGAUUACGAAUCGAAAAUGGAACGCAUGGCUAGCGAGGAG